GACCGCGUUCAGUGUACAACGAGAAACGGGUGCGGUUGUACGUGGUGCGCUACGGUAACUGGUGUUAUCGCGUGUGCUGUGUAUGUGUGUGUUUUGAUUCUCAGUUUUUUUGAGAAGCGUGGUGCGCGACGCGUUCAUAAUUUUUUUUUACUCGUGACGACAACUAUCGGUUUGGUCUGUCCCGGUGAUACUGCUGUGCGUGUGAUGCGUGUUCUCAACGGGAUUACUACCGUCAGCAGGUCUAUCGUCGCGUUAACGCCGUCGUAGCAGCGCCGCCGCCGCAACAAUGACGUCGUGCAAACGGCCGUGCUGCAGCCGCGUUGCGGGCGUCGCCAACAAACGUCCGUGCUGCAGGGACGACGGGCCGUCGACGUCGUCCGGUUCUGGGGAGGCGGGCGGCUCUGGAACGCGACAGUCACCCGACUCUCUGUUGGAUAUUACCGCUCGGAUUGUGGCCGAGAACAUACCGUUUCAGCGGAUAGAGGAACGGUAUAGCCGCAUACCGGAACCGGUACAGCGACAAAUCAUCUACUGGUCGUUUCCGCGAAAUGAACGCGACAUAUUCAUGUAUUCGUCGCUGAUACGCGUGUCCCAGGCCGGUUCGUCGUCGCAAAACUCGGAACAGAACAACCUGUCGUUUUACAAGGGCCUCAAACUCCUAGAGAGCGGUUGCGUCGAUCGAGUGCUGCAAGUCGGAUUCCAUUUAAGUGGCGUCGUCUGGAAUCAAAGGCCUGGAUCUCCGGGCUUUAACAAUCCCGAUCAAGAGAACAAAAAGCACAAAGUGUCGGUCAGUUUCGACAGGUGCAAGAUAACGUCGGUGACAUGCAGCUGCGACACAAAAGAUAUAUUCUGGUGUCCCCACGUAGUGGCCUUGUCCUUGUACAGGAUACGGAACGCGGACAGUGUCAGGCUCAGGGUUCCUAUAUCAGAAACGCUGUUGCAAAUGGACAGACAGCAGCUGCAGAAAUUCGUGCAGUAUUUAAUAUCAGAACACCAUACCGAAGUGUUGCCGACGGCGCAAAAGCUGGCCGACGAAAUUCUACAGCAACGUUCGGAAAUCAAUCAAAUAGCCGGCGCCCCCGACCCUACAGCUGGUCCUAGUGCGGACGACGAGCACACGUGGCAUCUAGACGAAGAACAAGUGUGCGAACAAGUCAAAUCGUAUCUGACCCAUGGCAGCUACUACAACGCCAAUAAGCAGCUAAAUUCGCUGUUCGCAAAGGUUCGGGAAAUGCUGCGGGCGCAAGACUCGAAUGGGGCCCGCAUGUUGACGCUAAUCACCGAACAGUUUCUGUGCGACCCCCGACUGGCCUUGUGGAAGUCACAGGGUACGCCAAUCACCGACAAAUGCCGGCAACUUUGGGAUCAGUUGGGAGCCCUGUGGGUUUGCAUAGUGCUCAACCCGCAUUGUACGAAUCAGGACAAGGGACAAUGGAAGACGUUACUUGAAAAAUGGACACACGUAGACAUUUGUCCUCCCGAAGAUCCUGACAUGUUGGCGCUUCCACCGGCUUUUAACGACAGAAAUAAUCACCAUGCUGCCGGAGAAAAUGCUUCAGACGAUGAUGUAGACAACGGUAACUACAGGCCCUCUUCCCGAUCCAGCAGAUCAAGUCCAAGAUAUAGAAGCAGCUAUCCUAGCACAAGUCAACGCAUUAACCGGACUAUUUUCCAUAGAGCUUUGGAUGCGGUGGGCAUGUCCUGGGACAAUAUACAUCUUAAAAACAUCUUGUCUAGCGAUACUUACAGCAGUCAUAUACCGGAUAGCACGCAAUCCGGUAGCUUCAAUUCGUUGGGACAGCCGUUGUGGCACGAACCUCUAGCUACGUGCGCCUCGCGCGUCGAUGCCCUAAGAUCGCACGGUCAUCAUGCGGCCGCCCUAAGGUUGGCCGUAUGUGUCGUGCGUACCAUGAAACAACAACAGUUGGACGCACAAAGACGGUGGCAGGAAAGCCAAAAGCCGCCACCACGUUGCCCGUCCCGGCAUUCAAACCCACCGACUCGAUGCUACGAACUCAGGCCGGCUCAGUCUUGUUCGUACGACACUUACUCUCAGACCAGGCCGUGCUCGUCCAGAUGCGUUUCGUGUCCGAUGGCGGGAUAUGACAGACUGUCGUCACCAUCGUCGCCCUCGUCAUCUUGCAAUUUGUCCCGUUGCGGCUACAACGAUUCAACACGGUCUGGGUACGCUAACGUGGGCUGUACCAGCUACAGGUGUACGGCUUUCACGGAUGCGCCCAGGCCUAACGUAUGCACCGCGCCCAGGUGUAACAGCUAUUGCACGUACUAUGACAAUCAUCCCCCUCGGACGCCAGGUCCGUCGUCCGGUUCGGGCUACCGGUACCCCGAACGCACCAACAGUCGUAACGGCUCGCGGAGCGGCUCUAACCAAAACGUGUUGCACAACAGCUGGACGGAAGGAUGGGUCGGUCAUCCCAUGGAUCCGAUCGGUUGUCUGUUCGACACGCUGACUGAUGCAUCUAUAGUUCCUGAUCCAAAUGUGCCUCAUUCGUCUUCAUUUUUCGACACCAACGCUUCCGAGGAAGGCGGCAGCUUAAGACCCGCACCACGACUUACCCACAUACCCGUUGUCGGCUCCCAAGACAGAUCUGAGACUUACCUCUCGCUGGCCGUCGAAGUGGCUCUGAUCGGACUGGGCCAGCAGCGUAACAUGCCUCCCGGAUUAUACGCUCAGGUAUGUUUUGGACAUGAAAAGGCCUGCAAGCAAGAAGAUAGACUGAUAGCAAAAUUACAAGAGCUUGACAUGGAUACAAACCUUGUUGGUGUACUGCGGAGACAAGCCAUUGUACUUUUAGAUGGUGGCCCAACUAGUGGUUUAGGUUUAGGCGUACACAGGGAUAGCAUACCAAUGCAUACUUUUGCACGCUUCUUGUUUGUAGCCUUACUGGACUAUUAUCCGGAUUUGGCCUAUGAAGUUGGUCUAAGAGCUAUGAGACUGCCUAUUUUAGAAGAUCAUGAAGAUUCUGACAAUUCAAAUGGUAACCCUUCUUCUGUAAUGUUGAACCGUUAUCCCCGAUGGUUUACUCUUGGACACAUUGAAACACAACAAUGUACUUUAGCUUCAACCAUGCUAAGUGCUGCCAAAGGUGAACUACUACGACUGAGAACUGUUUUGGAAUCGGCCCAAAGACAUAUUCAUAGUUCUUCACAUUUGUUUAAGUUGGCUCAAGACGCAUUCCGUUUUGCCACUCCAGAAAAUGGACCUAGACAUCCACCACUUUUGACUGUUGCAUUUGAAUUAGGAUUACAAGUUAUGCGAAUUACAUUAGCUUCAUUGAAUUGGAGAAGACGUGAAAUGGUACGGUGGUUAGUAACAUGUGCUACUGAAGUUGGUAUGGAUGCAUUAACAUCAGUUAUGCAAAAUUGGUUUCAACUAUUUACUCCUACUGAAGCAACAGGACCUGUUGCAACAACCAUCAUGUCACACAGUACUAUGAUGCGGUUGAAUUUGUCAUUUGAGCACCAAGAAAAAUUGUCUAGUUAUGCACGUACCUUAGCCCUUCAAUGUGCAUCAAAGGAUCCUCCUAACUGUGCUUUAAAUGCAUUAACACUUUGUGAAAAUGAUGCAACAGCAUUUGAAGCAGCUUAUCAGAUAGUUUUAGAUGCUGCUUCUCAUAUAAUGACUUCCUCACAACUAUUUACCAUUGCUAGAUACAUGGAACAUCGUGGAUAUCCUAAUCGUGCAUAUAAGCUUGCUAUGUUAGCAAUGAAGAAUGUUCAUUUAGCCUAUAAUCAGGAUACACAUCCUGCUAUUAAUGAUAUUCACUGGGCUUGUGCUCUCAGUCAUUCUUUGGGUAAAAAUGAAUUAGCUACAAUGAUACCAUUGCUUGUGAAGAAUGUUCAGUGUGCUACAGUUCUAUCGGAUAUAUUACGCCGUUGUUCAAUGACUCCUCCUGGAAUGACUUGUGCACAUGCUUUACCACCACCAGAUAGUAAACAUCACCAUCACCACCACCACCAUCAUCACCAUCAUCAUCAUCGUAACAAUGGAAAUAGCUCUUCUCGCUGUAGUAUGGUGAAAGGCUUAUCUUACGAGCGUGCUCCCUUACGAAUUUUGUUAGAAGCAGCUGUUGCUGCAUAUGUGAACACUACACACUCUCGCUUAACACACAUAUCACCCAGGCAUUAUGCAGAUUUUAUUGAGUUUCUUGGCAAGGCACGUGAUACCUUUCUUUUAGCACAUGAUGGUCAUGCUCAGUUCGCACAAUUACUUGAUAAUAUGAAACUUGCAUACAAGGGUAAAAAGAAACUCAUGUUCCUUGUUAAAGAGCGCUUCGGGUGACUAGGGCAAAGCGCGGUGACGCCUUUCCGUAGAUGAAGUGUAUAAUACUCAUACAAUUCGGCAAGAAAGUGAAUAUAACGCGCCGCGCUUUAUGGAAGUCAUCGGUGAAGUUACCUAAAACUACAUCCACAAUUAUUGUGAACUCCGUAUUUUUCUUUUUUAAUUAUAUUGUUUAUUGCAAUAUAGCCAUCAAGAGACAUUAAAAAAGAUAAAUGUAUAUUCUUUACAGUACCUUAUCAUAGCAAUGACAAUUAUUUUGAUUAAAAAAGAAAUUAUGGUUUCCUAUUAAAUUAUAAAUGAGAUCUAAAAAUUCAUUACUGCUUUAUUAAUCGAGCGGGUUCUAUAAUUGUAGACUGUGAUUGGAACAAACAAACUCGAGCAAUAUUGUUUAAGUUGUUAUCUAAAUAAAAAUUUUACUACGCUAUUUCUUAUAUAAUAAUUUCUUUUAAAAUUGAUAUUGGUUUGUUUGACACUAUUGUAAUUUCUUAUCAUUUAAACUUUAUUUUAAGUAAAAACAGUAGUUUCUAUGGAUUCUGUUUUUGCACUUAUGUUGAGUGCCAGUUUGUAAUUAAAUUUACAAAUAAAAUAAAAAAGUAAAUAUUUUAAUUAAUGACAACUUGAAGUAAUUUUAUUAAACUUACUGGUCUCUUAUUAAAUUUAGUCUUUGUAAAGUAAAACUAUUGUUCAUUAAACUAUUUAUUUAACUUAUUUGUGUAUGUUUUUCAUUGAAAAUUGUUUGGAUGAGUUUUUUUUUAAUGUAUGCUUGUAUAAUUUAUCUAGUAUACAAUUUAAGUAUAUGUUACCCCUUCCCUUUUGUAUUUGUGCAAUCUGAAUCUAUUUUACUUUUAUUAUUUUUAAUUGUUAUUAUUUCGUUUUAAAAUGAAUUUUUGCGUGUUUUUUGCGUGAAUUAUAUUCAAAAUAAUUUGUAAUUAAACUUAAAUAUUUUUUAUAAAUAAAAGCAAACAUUAAAAUAAUUAUAAAGAACCGAAAAACACUCAAUGAAUACAUAAUUUAAAAAAAAAGAACAAAAGCUUUAUGUCUGAAUUAAAAUAAAUUUUUCUCAUCUGCACCUCUUCAAGCAAUAUUACAUGAAUAUGUAAUGAAAGUUUUAUUUAAAAUUUAAGACUGUUACAUAGUAUUUUUAAUUUAGAAAUAUUUUAGUACACUUAUACGAUUACUAUUGAAAACAACUGAGAUGUUUUUUUUUAUUACAGAUUCUACAUAAUAUUUUAGUUAUACUGUAGUUUUUAAGCUACUUAUUAGGUAUAGAGUAAAAUAUUUUUUCAUAAUGUAAAUUAAAAGUUGUAAAUUAUUGUAAAGUUUAUAUAAAAAUCAUGAUAAAAAAAGGUAUAUUUUGUAAGACCAAUUGUAUCAUAAUAAUGUGUAUUACAUAAAAAAGUUAUAACGUGUUUAUCAAAAUGAAAAAUAUAUCAAUUGUACAAAACUAGGUUACCUAAUUAGGUUAAGCCUAAUUUUGUAAAGAAAAAUUUCUUUUGUGUUUAUUCUAUAAUUGGUGUGUAAUUUUCUUUAUAUGUAUUGAUUAAUUUUCUUUUUAUUAUUAUUAUUAAUUUUUUUUGUUUUGCUCAAUUAGAAAGCAUUUUAAAUGUGUAUUAUAAUUAAUUUAAAAAUAAAUAAGUAUUUUAACUAAUUUUGAAGUAUGAACAACAGCCCACCUAAAAUUUUAUUUUUAAGAUAGAUGUUGCUAUGGUAUUUGCAUUGUACUCAUACUUUUAUUAACUCAUAAAAUAAUUGUUUUGAAGAAUACUUAUAUAAACAUUUUAAAAUGGUAUAUGUUAAUUAUAAUUACAGAGAGGCAAAUAAAAUAUUUCAAUGACUGAAGUUAUAUUUUAAGGCUUUUUCAUUGUGAGCACCAGUAAUUUAAUUUAAAUAUACAUUAAUAAUGCAUAAAUAUGUAAUUAAAUAGUUUAAUUAUUAAGACUCAUAAGUUAUGUACCAUAGCUAAUGUAAAUUGUGCUUCAAAGAUUUAAAGAAACCCAAACAGUGUUCACUUAUCUCUUAUCUCUUUUUCAAUGAUUAGAUAUUAACUUGUUCUUUGAUGUAAUGGUUUAUUGUAACAAUAAUUAUGUUUAAAUGCAUAUAUUUUUCUUCAUUAAUAAAUUAUAUUUAUUAAGAUCUCAGUUGAUGAUAACAAAUGACUUGACGAAUCAUAUUGUAAAAAAAAUAUAUUUUUUUUUAUUGAAGUAAUACUUGUGUAUAUUUUUAUUUAGAAAUAAACCAUUGAUGAAUAAAUAAAUUAUAAAAUAAACAUUUAUUUUACUAGCAAUUGGUUUCCAAUUUGAUUUAGAGGUAAUUUCUUAAAUAACUGUUAUAUAACAUUUUUAAAUUAUCAAAAUAGUACUCUAGUAAUACAAACAUAAAAAAAGUUUCUUUUCGAGAAAAAGGAAUAAAUAUCUCACGUGUUUAAAAUUAUUGUUUCAAUUAAAAACUUAUAUGAUUUUAUUGUACUGAUUGGCAAUUUUAAUUUUACUUUUACUUCAAUGUCAAAUGUGAUCGUAAUCAGUAUGAUAUUAGUUAGAUAUGAAACGUUUUUUUUAAUUUAAUAGAUUCAAUAUUAACAAUUUUAAAAAUAUAUGUAAUUAUAUUUUUUUCAUAAUGUAUUAGUAUGUACCAUACUGGUAAUAUUUUAAGUAACACAGAUUACCAUGUAAAGAAAGUAAUGUGUUCAGCACAUCGAAAAUGUUGAACUAUUAAAUUUAAAAAGAAAUAAAAGUAAUUUAAUAUUAAGUGAAGUUAAUUAUAUUUGAAACUUGUUGAAUUGUAAUAAAAUAUAUUGUGUAUUUUUUAAUAA